GCGGAGGAAUCGUGUGCGUCGGGGAGCGAGUGAAAACCCAAUGACAUUGCUAUAGGGUCAAUGUUUACAGCUGGCAUAGUGCUGGGAGCAAAUUUCAAGAAGCAAAUUGUUUUGGAGGUGACUUUCCUAUAAACUGUUUGCCAUGUGGCCUGUUCUGUGGGCAGCAGCAAGGACCUAUGCUCCUUACAUUACUUUUCCUGUGGCAUUUGUAGUAGGUGCAGUUGGUUACCAACUGGAAUGGUUCAUUCGUGGGACCCCAGGACAUCCUGUGGAAGAACAGAGUAUUCUAGAAAAAAGAGAGGAGAGGACUCUUCAAGAGACCAUGGGAAAGGAUGUUACACAGGUUAUAAGUCUAAAGGAGAAACUCGAAUUCACACCAAAAGCUGUACUGAACCGCAACCGGCAAGAGAAGAGUUAGGAAUAGGUUUUUGGACCCCUUCAACUCAUUUCUGAUUUUACUUGCAACAUAAAAUGCAUUAACUCUUGCUACUGAGACAAUGUGAAAAUAAGGCAAUUGAAUAAAUUAAUUCGUUCCGGUACUUAUUAACUAAAUAAUUUUUUUCUCCAUAUCAGUUGGUUUUAAAAUCAAAAUGGAAGGCGUCAUCUUUAAGAUGUUUUCAUAUGAAUUAUUACACUUGGACCAACACAAACACGUUUUAAAGUCUCAUCCAUAUGCAUCCAUUAAACAUGUAAUUGUAAAAAUGAGUCUUAUUUUAUAGGGCAUGCAAAUGUUACAGUUAUUGUAAAGUGGGAUUGGAUAAUCACAGGUUUCUAUUGUUUUCCCCAGAAAGUACUAUUUCAUACUGAGUAGAGAAAUGUUGGAAAAUGUUUACUGUUUAUCUGUGUGACUAUACCUACUUUACCCCCCCCCCCCCAAAUAAAAAUGUGCCAAUGGGAA